AUUGUAUUCUCUGAAAGAGAAGGAGGCCCUGCAUUGCAUUGCAAUGACAGACUGGCUUGUUUGUGGAUUCAGCCUGUCUCCUUUCCUUCCUCCAGCAGAGGACACUCUAUUGCUGAAACUAGGGCAUUAGCAGCAAGCUUCUGAGCAUCAGCAGUCUCUGGGAAAGAAAAAAAAAAUAUCCUCUUGAAUCACAGCUGCUUCCAGCACAGACACAUAGCAGAGUAAACCUGCACCGCUCUAUGGAUAAAUCCACUCUGCACUUCUUUUAAACUUGGGUACCGGCCAUUGAGGUGACCAGCCAUUGUUGUGCACAAAGGAGGAUAUGGAACUGAGGAUGGAUUGCUAAGGAUGGCAGACGACAGUGGGCAAGGCACGUUAGGUAUUGCGAAGAUAUUGCACAGAAGUUGUAUACCUUCCCUUGAAGGCUGCAUUCUCUACUUCACAUUGCAUUCAUAUUCUACAGCAUUCUCAGUCUGAAGACACCCUGGUGGAAUCCGAGAGACUUCUCCUCACCAAUUCUUCCUAAAAUUGCUUUUUUCCCCCUUUGCUUGAUUGAUAUUUUUCCUGGGGACAUAAAACUUUGCAGCAAAAAAAAAAAAUAUAUAUAUAUGUAUAUAUGAGAUAUACAUCUCUUCUUAUUUGUACGGGUGUGGGGCAUCCGAUUUGGGAGCAGGAUGGUUUAAGAGAGGUACCCGGAGGGACCAUGAAGGAAUUGCUGCUUCGCAAUUAAGAGGCAAGGAAGGGGGGGUGGAAAUAAACAACAUUCCGGAGACAAGCCCCAAGGAGAGGAGGAAAGAUUCUCUGGGAGACAGACGAUGGGUUUCCAACCGAUGAAUCAGCUGAAAGGCAUGAGUUUAACAUUGCUACUACUGCCUGCUCUCAUCAUAGUGAUGGUUGUGGGGGCUCAGAAGACUUGUCCAAAGAACUGCAGGUGCGAUGGCAAAAUUGUAUAUUGUGAGUCCCAUGCUUUUAGAGACAUCCCACAGAAUAUAUCAGGUGGCUCCCAAGGACUAUCCCUGCGUUACAACAGCAUCAAAAUGCUAAAAUCCCACCAAUUUUCUGGCCUUAACCAGCUGGUCUGGCUCUACCUUGACCACAAUUACAUUAGCUCGGUGGAUGAGGAUGCUUUCCAAGGCAUCCGACGACUGAAGGAACUAAUUCUGAGCUCCAAUAAAAUUUCAUACCUGGCCAACAACACCUUCCACCCUGUCCCCAACCUGAGGAAUUUGGAUCUAUCAUACAACAAGCUUCAGACGCUGCAGUCUGAGCAGUUCAAAGGUCUCCGCAAGCUCUUAAUUCUGCACCUGCGCUCUAACUCCCUGAAAACUGUGCCAGUUCGGGUUUUUCAGGACUGUCGCAAUUUGGAUUUUUUGGAUCUGGGUUACAACCGGCUUAGGAGUCUAUCUCGUAAUGCAUUUGCUGGUCUUUUGAAACUCAAGGAACUCCACCUGGAGCACAAUCAGUUCUCUAAGGUGAACUUUGCUCACUUCCCCCGCCUCUUCAACUUGCGUUCUCUUUACUUGCAAUGGAACAAAAUACGAUCUAUCAGCCAGGGGUUAACCUGGACUUGGAGUGCCCUGCAAAACCUUGACCUUUCAGGGAAUGAUAUACAAAACCUGGAACCUGGAACUUUUCAAUGUCUCCCAAACCUACAGAAACUCAACUUGGAUUCCAACAAACUUAUGAAUGUCACCCAGGAAACUCUCAAUGCUUGGAUAUCAUUGACCUCCAUAAUGCUCUCUGGAAACAUUUGGGAAUGCAACAAAAAAUUAUGCCCUCUUGUUUUCUGGCUUAAAAACUUCAAAGGGAACAAGGAAAGCAUCAUGAUAUGCGCAAGUCCCAAAAACAUGCAAGGAGAGAAGGUUACUGAUGCAGUGGAAACCUACAAUAUCUGUAAUGAAACACCUGUCUUGGCCACUGAAAGAGCUUAUCCAACCACCAAACCACCCCCAAAGCACCAGUUUAUACCCAAGCCUACCAUAUACAAAUUGGAGAGUCUCUCAUCAACUCCCUACACAUCCAGCCCUUCUCCAGCUCUGGGGACCCCAAUGGCUGAACAGGAAUAUGAGCAUGUUUCAUUCCACAAAAUCAUAGCUGGAAGUGUGGCCCUUUUUCUCUCGGUGGCUAUGAUUUUAUUAGUCAUCUACGUGUCGUGGAAACGUUACCCAGCCAGCAUGAAACAACUGCAACAAUCUUCAAUGAUGAAGAGGCGCCGGAAAAAGGCCAGAGAGUCCGAGAGACAGAUAAACUCUCCCUUACAGGAGUAUUAUGUGGACUACAAACCUUCCAACACCGAGUCCAUGGAUGUAUUGGUUAAUGGAUCUGGACCCUGUGCAUAUACCAUUUCUGGCUCCCGGGAAUGUGAGGUCCCACGGCACAUCAAGACUGUACCAUACUACACCUAUGACCAGCCCAUGGUCGGCUAUUGCCAGACUCACAAGUCACUGCUUGUAAAUAAGGGCUACGAAGGAAUGUCUCUAGAUCAGAGAGAGACCACCAACCUAGAGCUCAGCAGAGACCAGAGCUACAUCUCAACUAUAGCUCGCUCCGCAGCACCCACCAUAUACAUUGAGAGGAUACCAAACCAAUAAUGGACAGCAGGUGUGUUCACCUCCAUGGAAGAAGAAUGGGACACUCACAUGAUUAUGGACAGGAUUGCCCCUGCAGCUAAUAAGUGCUCUCAGCAUAAAUCAAGACUCAAAUUGCGGAUCACUGCUUGGAUCUCCUCCUGAAGGAACACAACAUCUUAAACAUUGGAGAUUUGGAAACAGCUGGGACAAGGGGGUCUUGGCUUUAAAUGAAAAUCUAAGCCCCUAAUGUAAAAAAACGAAAUAUAACUAACAGGAUUGACAUAAGGGAUUUCUAAACCUAAUUUUAGAUCCCAUCCAGCUGCAUAUGAAAGAGGAAGACAUCUGCCUGUAUAUUUGAUUUUUCUAUUCUUCACGUUGCAUGGUUCCAAUACAGAUGAACCAAAGGGAGAAACUGUGGGGUUUAGGGUAGAGAAUGCUACUUGUUUCAUGUUGAAUAACCCAGUGGGUCUCUUUGAACAGUGGUUCUUUCUUGUUUUCCUGUUUUCUGGGGUUUCUUUCUUUUCUAUGCUGUGUCCAGCUGCAGGUUCCAGCCUUUAGGGAAAGGCCUUUCCUGGUGGCCAAGGCCAUGCAAUGUUGGGCUACAACUUGCAAGAUCUGCAGAAUGGGCCAUGUAUCUCCCCCGGACUGACCCUUUACCACAAAUAUUAAGAUCUCUAUUCCCACAUCAGCUCAAUUGGAUUUUAUUGACCGUUUCUGGAAAAAAAAAGUAAUAAUAUUGUUUUGGUUUCAUUUUUUUAAUUCUCUUAUGAUCAGUUAUAGCUUUUGUGUAGUUUUUAUCAAUAAAAAAGUAUGGAAAAUA